UCCCAAUGCUCAUUUCAAAUAACCGCGCGUCAAAUAAAUCAGGCAAGAUGGCGGAAAAAUCAUCAGCUGCCAAAGUUAAGAAAAAAGAUAAAACAGCGGCAGAAUUGAUGUCGGAACUCGCUGCUUUGCUAGACAAAGAUGAGAAAGAAAAGAAAGAGAAAAAGAGAAGCAACAAGUCUGUUUUCUUCGAGCGAUGCCCGACUACAGGGGAGCGUGUUUAUUUCUCAAAACGUAGAAAACAGACGAAGUCAAGGCGAAGUUUAGCAGUGCCAUCCUCAUCUGAACUUCAAGAUCAAGGGACAACUAGCGCGGAAAAUGUUGUUGAUGAUAUUAAUACAGAACUGGAGGAGGUAUUUCACCAACAUUAUGAACCAGAUGAAGAUGACAGUAUAAAUAAUGAACUUGAUAGACUGCUUGCAGAGACAGAUAAGUUCUUAACAGAAUGGAAGUCAAAACAGCAGAGGAGGACUGUGACAUGGGGACAGAGGAUGGAGAAUGUCAAUACUAAUUGGGAAUCCUGCCGUUCUUCAAUAUUUGAGACUACCUUAUCUUGUCAGGCACCAACACCUCAGAUGUGUUCGCAGUGUAAAGUGAAAUCUGGCUUCAUCAAGUGUAUGCAGUGUUGUGGAGGGGGAAGCUUGUGUGGCACUUGCGACCUAAAGCAACAUGAGAAUGAUCCUUUUCACGACAGACAGCAUGUAUCUCAAGAUGGGUUCUACCAGUAUAUUCGGCCAACAGAAAGCACUGAUGAUGAUGGAAAUAUUAUAACCAUAAGAAAAAGUUAUCAAUUUUCAACCACUAUACCAUCAUCCUGUUCCUUUUGUGGAGAAGUUUGUGAGUUUGACAUUAUAUAUGCCGACAAUCAUAUGGUGUAUGUUACUUUAAGAGGUCGAUAUGAUUUGGAUCAAAUAACUGGUUAUGAAUGCAAAAACUGCCAUAAUGUCUGUCCUAAUGAUAAUUCCAUUAAGCAAGUUGUUGCUUCAGGAUUUUGGCCUGGAACCCCAAUAUCAUAUUCUCAACAAUUUAGUCAGGAGCUAUUUGAACAUUGGGACAUUAUGCAGAAGCGAAUGCCAGGCGUUUCUGAACGAUCAUUUGUGCUUGGAUUACAAGAUUUCUCAUUAAAUAAAAACAGGGUUGCAACAAUAAACAUGAAUACAUUUAGUAGAUCAUUCAAAGAAUGGAAAUUUUGCACAUUUGAAAUGGAAUUGCUGCAACAGAAAAAUUGGAUGGAGUGUCCUCCUUGCACAAUUAGUCAGCAUUCAGGACACGUUGAUGGAAACAUGAAGCUAUAUCGCUUUAGAUCUGCUGGAGGGUUGCAAAGAAAUUGUUACUACAAAGAGUGUUUUGUUGCUUCCAAUGAAAAAGUUGCUGCAAACAUGAAUGAUGUGUUUGGAACUACAAACAUCAGUGAGACUAAUACUGAAAGUUCCAUGUGUGGUGAUAGUACAUGGAGGGCUGCACGAAAUAGACCAGGGAAAAAGAAGAACCUUGAUGAGACUGGUCUAGAGAUUCUUGGUUGUAGACAUACCGUGGCUCAAGCAGCAGUAAAUAUGUUUCAAGGCGAAAUUUAUAGCUAUGCACACUACCUUCAGAAACAUGUUCUAACAAAAAAUAAUGGGAUGUUUUUGUGGUAUGAUGUGGUUUGCCAAUACUGGCCAUGGCUUAUUAAACAUGACCCUGUACUUGCUGACCAGACAAAACCUGGAUUGUCUGUUAUGCAUGCCAAAGCCCAUUCAUGGACAUGUCAGGUACUCUGGGGUGGUCGUUGGCAAAAAGAGGCGGGUGCGACCACUGGCGAAGAGGUCGAACAAAUAAAUAGCCAUUUUUCUCGACUUGGAAAUAGUACCAAACAUAUGUUACCAGAAGGCAGAGAAGAAUUACUUACUGAGCAUGCAUUGAUUUGGAACAAGAGAAAAAUCAUGCAGAUGCCAGCAGUUUUGGCAAAGAGAUAUAUGAAGGCAAAACAAGAUUUUCAAGAUCUGCAAAAGAAACUCGCUGAAGCAAAAAAUGACCUAGGCGUUACAAAUUCAGAGACAUGGAUUCAAGAUGUGACUCAAUCUGCAAGAGAAGAAGAAAUAAGAAGAAAAGUUCGAGUAGCUCUGUCAGAAGAGGAAGAAGCUUUUUGGGCGAACGAAACCCAUGUUAAUUCAGAAUGUCGUAACCCUUUGGUUAUCAAUGCGGUCAAAGUAUUUCCAAAGUACCAUAAAAAAAUAGCGUCUGCUGACCUCUCAGUUGUGGUGCCCAAGUUAAAAGAGAAGUUUGGUCCAGACUGGAUGAAUGUUCUCGAUAACGGUGAAAAAUCUUUAAGGGGCAAUGUUUCGUCUAUGUUGGAACGCAGUAUGCAGACUGCACACUUUGAAAUAGUGCAACUGGCGGCUAAUAUGAACAAACUCGCAGAUUCAUCAAAGCAAAAACGUCGAAUACGAACUAAAAUUUCGUCCACCAAGAACAACUUGAAAGAAACUGUAGAUGCCUACAAUGAACUAAAUCCAAGUGCUUCAAUCAAUGUCGAAGAGGUUCAAUCUGGAGUUUUCACUUGGAUCACAGAGAAUGAAUUUCAACAAGUUUACCCGAUUCGUGUUAAGAAGAAGAUAGCUGAGUUGGAGAAUGAAUGCACUCGUUAUGAAGAAGAGAUUGGCAUUUUAGAAAAGGAGAUGAAACAUUUCAUCGAAUAUUAUAGAAACAAUGUUGUUAGACGUCUUAAGGAGAACGAAGCCAUCUUGUUAGCUCAGCUUACUAGUGAUAAAUCUGAAAUUAUUAGCUCCAUGGUAGAAAACAACGAGGGGAGAUAUAUAACAUAUUCAACAGAGACUGGUGUUCUGAAAGGAAAGCUUGCCCUCUUAAGAAUUGGUAUAGAUUUUGCUAUGCGACAACUGGAAUGUGGUGUGGAAAUGUUUUCCAAAGUCCUUGGUAAUGUCUCUGGCAUUUCUGACAUAAUAAUUGAUGUUGAAGACGCUGUAGACGAAUCACCGUGUUCAAGUGAUGACGAAUCCAGUGAAACAGAAGCCUAAAGCAUUUCGGUAGAAAGGACCUUUUUCCCGGUCAACAUUAGUUUCUAAUAUACUAUAAUAUUUAAAAUAUACUCUAUUUUAGUUCUUAUAAUCAUUAUACGACACAUCCCAUUUUGUAAACGUUUAUCAAUCUGAUUUAGCAAAACAUCGAGUAGUAAAACAUCUACAUUCGGCGUUGUUCAGCGAUUGUCUCGACAUUUCGACCUAUAUCAGGCUAUAUGCCUCGUUUUCAAGACAGAAGCUGGACAAAGUUGAAUGUUUUAACAUCAUUGUAGUUCAUAAUAUUCUUCCAUGUAUGUUUUCAUGGUGACAUCACUUAUCACUAAGUAAACUAGCUUGUAUAUAGGUUUACCACAUACUGCAAAGCUUUCGGUCUGUUAACAAUCAUUGCGUUCAUUCAAGGCAUUGUCGCUACCACCUUUUGUACGAUAAAGCACGUUUGAAAAUAAUUGAAACAAACUGGAUGAUAUCAGACUUGUCACAAGGCUGUCCCAACAAGUCUGUUACACUCCUGGGGCCGGUUGUAUCAAGCCCGUUUAGCUUAAACGGUGGUUAAGUUCAAAAUAGAAAGCAAGCCUGCCGCUUUAUUC